AUGACAGCGCCGAGGAACGCCGAGGAACGCCUUGCCGGGAGGGCAAUCUUCUCUUAUGGUCUUCACCUCCCGCCCGACCUGGAAAUUGAAUCCAGCCCCCCCCUCUUUCUGAUCCAUUCAUUUCUGCAAGCCCAGAGCGUUGCCUCCCUUCUAUUGCAUAACCUAAAAAGCUAUAAGCAAAGUACCAAAAGCGCGCUCCGCCCGGUGACUAAGAAAGAAAUUGGUUUGCGCAACAAUUGA